GUUGUACGUUGGAAGCAGUUCAUCUCGUCUUGCGUUGCGUUAAUUUCUUCUUUUUUACUUUUUUUUGCUGUGUAAUUUUGUUUUGCCCACUAACCAAACGCAAACAACGGACAAACCACGACCACGAGACGGAGUCGUCUACCGACUAACCGAUACCGAUAUACCCACAAAAUGUCCCAGUGAAAUGUGACGACCCGACGCGAAAAAGUGUCCGCAAUCGCGCAGUCGAGGCGACAAAAAAGAAAUAAAAAACCAUUUGCAAGAAAAAAGAAAAAAAAAGUGAGAGGAAUCGGCAGCGACGCUGCGCCCCCAUUCAAAAUAAAAGUGAAAACGUGCAAAAAUACACAAAAGCCAGCAAGAACAGCAGCAGCAAAAUAUUCAUUCGUUUAGUUAAAACUUUUGUGCCCAAAAAUGUGCGACGCUGCCACAACAACAACAACAGCAGCAGCAACAACAACUGCAGCAGCACAAGGAACAGGAACAGGAGCUGCUGGCGAUACAGCGAUGGAAGAACAAAAUCAACGAGAGCGACAAAGCUGCUGUCGCCUGUGCCUUGCGCCCGCCAGCGAAUGCAUUUCGAUCAUUAACAGUUAUGCGGCCGAUAAGGAGCCGCUAGCCACUAAAAUACACAACUGCGUAAAUAUCAAGAUCACAUCGGUGGAUCGUCUGUCGUUGCAUAUUUGCCAUGCCUGCAUCAGUUAUUUGAACUCAUGGCAGAGCUUCAAGAAUCGCUGCCUCAGCUCACAGUCGAAGCAGCGCCAAUGGCUGGAGACGGACAAAACCAAGCAGCAGACGCUACUCGGAUACUUGGAUUUGAACAGGGCCGAGAAUGGCAGCACCAUUGAGCAACAACAACAACAGCAGCAGCAGCACGAUUUAAAAAUGGAUUCAGCGACGUCUGCAGCUGAAAAGGCGUCCGCUGCCAACAUUUUGGAUGGCAUACCUCAGCUGAAGAAACGCAAAUCGUUAACAGUCUAUCCGCUGCCUGCCGUGCCCAUCAAGGAUGAGCCCAUGGACGAUACGGAUGAUGACUUUCAAAUGAAGUGCAUAGAUGAAUCCGAUGAUAUGAUGGAUCCCACAAUGUUCCUAGAGCGCUCCGAGCAUGAAGGCGAUGUGCCACUAAAUACCUCCGACUAUGAUUAUACGGCUCAGCAUGGCGUGACCGCUGUUGUGGCGGCUGCAUCGCUGCCGGCCAGCGCCGUUGCAAAUGUGGCCGCCGCUGGCGACUCGAAGGUGGCCAGCUGCCGGGCGUGCAGUCUGCAGUUCUCGACGCGGGCGAAUGCGCGUCGCCACGAGCGCAAUCUGCAUCCGAAUCUGUUUCAAUUGUCGACAGACUCACCAAAUAAUACGCCAAUCACCAAACCGACACCGGCCCUCGCCGCCGCCUUGGAAAUACAGCGUGCAGCGGCGGCGGCAGCGGCAACCGCUGAGGCAACGCGUGCCGCUGCCGGUGGCAAUAUAUCGGCGCAAAAGUAUCGACAGGUGGUGAUGAACACGUUCAUCAAAUGCGAAAACGGUGGCUUCGACUACGACAAUCCCGAACAGUAUCAGCAGCUGUUGUCGCGCGACAAGGUCGAUUUCAUACAGGAUAACAGCGAGUUUCUCGAACAGUACCAGACGAUGACGUGUCGCUGUUGCAACAAGUACUUCAACACGUACAAGAACUUUAUGGCGCACGUACGCAAAAAGUAUCCGUUGCUGCCGCGCAACCUCUGCUUCAACUGCCUCAAGAUGAACGACUCGAAGGCGCUGUUCAUAUCGCAUCUGAAGAAGCGCAACUGCAUCAAUUUGUAUCGUGUGCUCAACGCACUGCGCACCAAACAGCCAAACUUUGUCCAUGCCAAUGCCAACGCGCCAUCCACUUCCACUGCAGCCGCAACGACUUCUGUACACCAGCAGCAGCAACAGUUGGUGACAGCAAACGAAACAGCAGCAACAACAACAGCAACAACAACAGCAACAACAUCAACGGAUCGUCCGGAGAAGUUGCGUGCAAAGGAGCUGCUGGUUAACAAGCUGUACGAGUGCAAGCUGUGCCCAAAGGGUUUUCGCACAAAGCACGAGUUCCGCACCCAUGUCUACGACAAGCAUGCGGAUGUCCAGCGCAAGGAUAGCAAUUCGAUACAGUGCAGCUUCUGUGGCAUGGACUUUGCCGAUCCCGGUGGUCGUCGAAGACACUACAAUAACAUGGAUUGCAUUGUCCGGCUGCGCUGCAUGACCUGCGAUGCGAAACUGGAGACGCAUCAGCGUUUCCUCGACCAUGUCUAUCAGGAUCAUUUGGGUGGGGUGAGCACUGAGAAUGCAUCGUCCACGGCGACGACCAGUGGCUUGGAUCAUGCGUCCGGCAAGCGCAGUUUGCUGGGCGCCCUUGGCAUCGGCGUUGUCAGUCAGUCAGCCAAUGGUGAGUCGCGGAGCAGCAACAGCAACAACCACAACAACAACAACAAUAAUAACAACAGUAACAACAACAACAAUAAUACACCUCUAACUUCGACACCCAAACUACCAACCGGUGGAGGAGGAGGAGGAGCAGCAGCAACCAGUGGCGGAUCGACAACAUCGGGCAGUCGAGAUGCACCCAAAUCACAGUAUUUCUCACGAAUGCCACAGGUCUGUCCGAUCUGUGGCCAGCAGUACAACAACUAUAACAAUGUGUUGCGCCACAUGGAAUCGAAGCAUCCCAACAAAUUGCCAGAGACAUAUAAGUGUGUCCGCUGCGGAUUGGGCUAUCCGCGGAUCUCCUAUCUGCGGGAGCACAUGAUCAAUGUGCAUGGCGUUGACAAGAAUCGGCAUUCGGGCGGCUUUGAAUAUAUUGUGAAUGCCGAUGCAGUUAAAUUGGCGGAUGGCAGCACGCCCAAUGUCUAUACGGGACGAUAUGAUUAUGUGAUGAAGGAUCUGAUGUCAAUAACAAAUGGUGGGACACUCGAUGAUGAUGACGAUGAAGGCGGCAACAUUGCCAAAAAGAUGAGACUCGAUGAUAGCAGCAACAACAGCAGCAGCAUCAACAUGAGCAGCAUUGCCAACCAGCAGAAGGAGUGCCUCAUCUGUAAUGCGGUGUUUAGCAACAAUAUUGGUCUAUCGAAUCAUAUGCGUUCCCAUUACACAGCAUCGAUAACGACAAGUGCUGCUCUGGCGGUUGCCAAUCGCAUGACACCCAAAUCGCUGACAAUAACAGCAACGCCGGCAGCAGCAUCAUCAGGAGCAGUCGCCUCAACAGCAACAGCAUCAGGAUCAGGGUCAUCAUCCGGCAACUUGCCGCCAGCAAUGGUGCAUCAGACGGCACAGGAGCAGGCGGUAUUCCGUCGCAGCCUGGAUCAGGCGGCCGAUCGACGAUUCCGUCGAAUGCGCUGUCGCAUCUGUCAGCGCAGAUUCAGUUCGAAGAAAUCGUAUCGCUACCACAUGCUCACCGACCACCAGGUGCAGAAUGUGCAGUUCAUCAAGUGCAAGCUGUGCAACGCGGAGUUUGCCUACGAGAAGGGGCUCAAGGUGCAUCUGUUCAAGGUGCACGGCCGGGCCAUCAAGGACGAGAUGAUUAUCAAGCAGUUCGAGUGCGAUGUCUGCUCCACGGUCUACAGUUCAGAGCUGGAAUUGCAGCAGCACAAGCGCAGCGUACACAAGUCACACGCCAGUGAUUCGACAUCAUCUGCAGCUGGUGGUGCUGGUGCUGCUGGCAAAUCAUCAUUGAAAUCUGCUACUGCAACUACCUCAUCGACAGCUGAGCUGGUCGCAGACACAUCAUCCACCUCGGGAACGGCGGGUGCGGCCAUUUUGCUGCCACUUUACUGGUACCAGUGCAAAUAUUGUCCAUCCAAUUUCAACACCAACAAGAAACUGGCCAUCCACAUCAACUCGCACGACGAGUUCGACUCGAACGAUUACUCGUGCAAGGACUGCGGCAAUGUCUACAGCGGCCGCAAGAGCCUCUGGGUGCAUCGCUACAAGAAGCAUCCGCAGGUGCCGGAUCCCGCCGAGUGCACGCUGUGCCGCAAGAUGUUCUUCGAUCGCCAGAUGCUGGAGAAUCAUACGCCCACCUGCAAUCGCAAGCCAAUCACUGCCACCGGCGCCCAUCAGCAGGAUCAGCAGCAGCAGCAGCAACAACAACAUCAGCAGCAGCAACAACAGCUGCAGCUGCAACAUCAUCAGCGACUCAUCUUCAAGCACAAAACGGGCGAUGAUGAUGACGAGGAGGAGGAUGAUGAUCAGUUGCUGCUAAUGGACGAUGGCGGUGGCGGCAGCAAUGAUAGCAAUGCUGGCCAUGCCAUUGCAUCAACAGCAGCAGCUGCAGCAGCAGCAGCAGCAGUCACAAUAAAUACGAGCACAAUGAAGAUACGCUUUCCAGAGGUUGCAUGCACCAUUUGCAGUGCCCGUUUCACCGAUCAGGAAAUAUUCACCAAGCACAUACAGAAACACGAACAGGAACUGUAUGUGGACAAUCCGUUGGCGGCGAUGUUCGAUGAUGGGCCAGCGGAUGCCGGACAAUUUCAGGUUGAGCACCAGAAUGAGAAUGGGGAAUACGCGUGCGAUUUGUGCGCCAAGACGUUCCCGCAGGUGAUAGCGCUCAAGGUGCAUCGCAAGUGGCAUUUCAGAGGUGAUAGCAAGCAGAUCCCAAUCAACGACGGCGAAGCGACAACGCUGAACAACAGCAGCAACAACAACAACAACAACAAUUCGCUGAGCUCAUCAUCGAUGCUGCAUCUACGCGAACUGCAUGCGGUGGGCCUGAUGCCCAAUCAGCAGCAACACCAGAAACAACAACAGCAGCAGCAGCAACAACAGCAGCAACAUCAGCAGCAGCAGCAACAACGGACGAGCAAAUCAAUGAAACGGAAACGUGAACUGAAAUGCGAAUACUGCGCCUCCACAUUCAUUAGCAACAACAACCUGCGACGCCACAUGUACGAGCUGCACAAGCACGAGGUCAGCAACCUGCCAGAGCCGCCCGUGAUUGAGGUGGAUGAGCCGUUGGCGUGUCGCCGUUGCGGCGAUCUACAAUUUGAUACCAAAGAGCAGUGGAUCGAGCAUAAGCUGGCCGAUGCGAGAGUGGUGCGUCCAUUCUGUCCAUUCCAAUGGGGCUGUGAUCUGUGCGGCGAGUAUUUGUCGCGCAAGGAGAAGCUCAUCAAUCACAUUAACAAUCAUCUCAAGGAGGAUGUGAUUGUGCCGGUCGCCACCAAGCCACCAGCACCGGCAGCAGCAGUAGCCAAUAAAACUGCAGCAGCAGCAGCAGCAACAACAACAACAGCGGCAACAACACCAACAAUUGCCUACGCAGUAACAAAUGUAGCUGCUAAAUCAGCAGCAGCAGCAGCAACGGCGGCGACGAAGUCAACGACAACAGCAGCAAAAGAACUGAAGGCUAAACAACAGCGGCAGGAGGAUGAUGACCUGCAGCUGGAUGAUGAGAACCUAACGAAGCAGCAGCACCAGCAGCAACAGGAGGAGGAGGAGGAUGAUAGUGAUAUGGAUGAUGAGAGCGAUAGUGGCAAUGAUGAUGAGGAGAGCAGCAGCAGUGUUGAUGAUGGUGAUGAUGAGGAGGGCGAUGUCGAUGACGACGAUGAUGAUGAUGAUGACGAAGAAGAAGACAACGACAAUGGUGAAAAUGUUGUUGCACAGCAGCAAAUACUGCAACAACAGCCUCAAAAUACAAACACCAACAACAACAGCAACAGCGCUAUUGAAAAUGACGAUGAUCUCAUUGAGGAGGUGAUCGAGGAUGAUGGCAUUGUCGAGCAGCUGGACGUCGAUGAUGAUGAGGAAGAUGAUGAUGACGAUGACGACGAUGACGACGAUGAUGAUGAUGAUGAUGAUGAGGAUGAUGGUGUGGAUGAUGAUGAUGUGGUUGGUGUCGGUGGUGGUGUUGUUGAGGAUGAUGAUGAUGAUGAUGAUGAUGAUGACGAUGAUGAUGAUGAUGUUGAGGAGGACAUGGACGACGAUGCCGAUGUCAACAACACCAAUAUUGGCAACGGUGUUGGCCGUGUGGGUCGACAAGAUGCUGAUGGUGAUGGUGAUGGGGAUGGUGAUGGUGAUGAUGAUGAUGAUGUUGAUGGUGGUACAUCAUCAUCUGAGAGCGAGUCCACAACAACAACAUCGCAUUCAACUGGUGAGCGGCGUAAUAAAAAUAAUAAAAAUAAAAAUAAAAAAGUAGUUGCAUCAGCGGCACAUGGCGCUGCCGCUGAUCAGCCUAAUUCCAGCUAUACGUGUGAUCUAUGUCAACUUUGUUUCGAUUCCCAGGAGCUACUGCAGACACAUAUUAAAAGUCAUUUCCUCAAUGGGCCAUCGGCGGGGAGCAGCAGCAGCAGCAACAAGAGCAACGGCGCAAACAGGAGCACCAACAUUAACAACAGCAACAGCAGUAACAAAAUCAAUACCAAAAAGUCCGGCUUGGAUGCAACGAAGACAACAACAACAACAGUUAAGGCUGCUGCAGUAGCGGACGCUGCAACGGGCUUCAACUGAGCUCCACAAAUGUACAAAAACAAAAACAAAAAGAAAACCACAUCCAAACCACAUCUAAACCACAUCCAAACCACACACGCACACAUCAAAUACGCAACGCAUUCCAUCAUCAAGAAAACACACAGCAACAACGACAACAACAACAACAACUAUCGUCAUGCAAUCAUUAUCACUCACACACACACAAGCGCACACACACAGACGCACACCCACGCAUAUGUAUAAAGAAAGUUCUGUGUGUGUAUGUUAGUGUUGUGCAGCGCAUAAAUAACUCCAUUUUUUUUUCUUGCUACUAAAUUGUAGUUGCAGCAACAGCUGCAGAAAAACACACACACACACACACACGCACACGCAUAUUAUGUGUAUCCUGUAUGUGUGUGUGUGCGUUAAGCCUACAUAUUUGAUAUGGUAUAAUACGUAUACAUACAUCCAUCAUACAUCAUACAUCAUACAUACAAAUAUGCAUGCAUAUAUAAAUAUGUGUACAUUUCUUCAUUUCAUUUCAAUUAUUUUUUUUUAUUUUUUACAUGUUAAAUUAGUUGGUAUCACUGAAAAGAGCAGACGGAAAGUGUCUCCAGUUUUGAGUUUUAGUUAGUUAAGCUAUACACACAUACAUACAAACAUACAUACCUAUAUAAGCAUGUAGAAUGAAUACAAACAACAUUAUUUAAGAGAGGAGCUUGACGUGAAAUUAGAAUUGUCUGGCGAAGACGACGCACCAAAGCAACAACAAACCUUAGUAGAAGUGAGUGAGGGGAAUGAAACAAAUGCAAGUGGAAGGACAAACACACACACAACACACUUGUUUGAUUUAGUUUGUUAGUUUAACAUUAAUUAUAUUUUAUGUUUGAAAUUUUUCGAUUUUAAUAUCUGUUCUUUACCACCUGCCGCUGGGUUUAAAAAACCGAUACUUCAUUUUUUUUCUUUUAAAUUUUUGUGUGUAAUUAUAUAUAUAUAUAUAUAUAUAUAUAUAUGAUUGAUUUUAUAAGUGCGUUUUCUAAAUUUGAAAUUAUCUCAAUGCAUUUCCAAGUUGACAAACAUUUGAAAGUCUGUUUGCGGACAGUAAAUCGUUUUAUUUCUUUCUUUCUUUCUUUUUUUUUUUAAAUCUUUUGUGUUUUUUUCUAAGCUUUUGGCUAACUCUUUCGACUCGCAUAGUUUUAGAUUUAUUAGACAUGGUUUUUCACAAAUUUAAGCAUAAAUUUACUUAUUUCAUUUCUUACACACACAUAUAUACACCAAAAACGUAUUGGCCGUCAUAAAUACUUGUUUAAUGUCGAAACUCAAUGAAAAUGAGUUGCCAAAUGAAAUAAUUCAGUUUUAGUUGAGAGAUUCAGUUUUUUUGUAUUUAUUAAGUUCGCCAAUGCGUUUUAUUUGACUUUGGACACACAUUACACAUGAAGCAAUCGUGUAAUUUGAACUGAAAGAA